UAUAUAAAAUUCAAAAAACAAAAACAAAAGAGUCUCUGUCUGUCUCUCCUCUCCUCUUUAAACAGGCAAGAAAAAGAACUUCCUUUGCCUUCUUCAAUUGCUUUUAAAUAUUCUGUAGCAAGAAAUCCUAGUCAUCUUCAACCGAGACCACCGCCAUUUUUCUAAGCUUCGCAAUUUGAAAACAAAAACAAAAACAAAAGCAAAAAAAUGGUAUCGGCUAACCGGGAAAUGGCGGUCUACUGUUUCGACACUCUCGUGUCUCACUAUACCAGCCAAGAUGCUCCUCCUCCUGCCUUUGACGAGGGCCAGCACCCUUUGUUUGUGACUUGGAAGAAGGUGGUGAAUGGUGGAGAGCCUCGUUUGCGUGGAUGCAUUGGAACCCUAGAAGCUCGUGCCUUGAUUAAUGGCUUUAAGGACUAUGCUUUGACCAGUGCUUUGAAGGACCGCAGGUUUCCUCCUAUACAGGCUAAAGAAUUGCCAUUCUUGGAAUGUACAGUAUCUAUUCUGACUGAUUACGAAACUGCUAACAACUAUCUUGACUGGGAGGUUGGAAAGCAUGGUAUAAUUAUUGAGUUUACUGACCCUGAUUAUAAUACAAGGCGAAGCGCCACAUACCUGCCUGAGGUGCCUGCCCACGAAGGUUGGAUGAAGAUGGAGACAAUUAACUCACUUAUACGUAAAGCAGGCUAUAGUGGCAUCAUCACUGAAUCACUCCUAAAGAGUAUACAACUAACCCGUUACCAGAGCACACUAUUUACUUUGCAAUACAGCGAAUAUGUCUCAUACGUCAAGGAAACUAGGGGCUCACCUCCAGCUGUUGAGGCUAAGCUGGGCAACAGUUGAUUCUUCCAGACUGCUUUUGUUGAAGCUGCAAAGCUGGUUUGGUCAAAACAAAAAAUAAUUUAAAAAAGAAAAGGGUGGGUUGGAAUGGCUUUGUUUGUGUUCCUGCCCAUGUUGCUUUAGUUAUUGUGAUGAACAUUUUCUACACAAUUCUUCAUCUUCAUUUGAUUUUGAAGAAGGAACUCAUUCAAUAACUUAUGUUUCAUAACAUUCUCAUUUGUCAGCUUCUCGCUAAAGCUGUACAAGUUUAAACUAUUUUGUCUGUAAGUUGUGAUAUUCCAAAGUGUGUAUGUUUCCCUU